AUGGACCAAGUGCAACCGCGGACACGCCGGCGGCGCCCGGUAGAUAAGUAUGGCCCGAGGUUCUUCGACAAGACAGAGCACGUACAAGAUAGGGCGGCUGCUAUGAAGGCCACUUUGCACGGGGACGAACGGUCGCAGUCUCAGCCUGCCGGGGGCUUUGAUAGUACCCCUUAUCCCUACGCCCCGCCUGGAUAUACUGUCAAAUUUACCUUUCAUCGUGGCGUCAACCUUCCUUGUGCAGACUUCGGUACCUUCUCUUCGGAUCCUUAUGUUCAUGCUCAAUUACUUGUCGACCUUCCUCAGCGUCACAAACAGGAUCCCAUUAUUUCCUUUCGAACACCUACGGUGCGCAAGAACCGAGAUCCGGUGUGGGAAAAGGACUGGAUUGUGGCCAAUGUUCCGGCAUCUGGCUUUCAGUUGAAAUGUAAUGUUUAUGAUGAAGAUGCAACUGAUCAUGACGAUAAACUUGGCAAUGCCUACGUCGAAGUAGACUCAGUCUAUGAGGAUUGGCCUUCCAUCAAAGAGCAAUCUUUUCGUGUGAAAAAGCGAUUGGGGAGCAAACGAGUAUAUUUGUUUGGCAACAUUGCCGCAUUGGCUUCGCGACGCCUCGAUGUGGCUUCGCAUUUGGUAAUCAGCAUUGAGUGCCUGGGUAAGACACCCGGCGAUGAAGGUGCGCAUAUGUACACCCUCGGUCCGAAUUACUGGUUCAAACAUUUCUCUCCUCUUAUCGGAAGGCUGGCAGGCACCAAGGAUGAGGUUCAGAGUCAGAACGGCCAUAAGACAAUCAGCCGAUAUAACUUCCAAGCAAUCCAGAUACAGCUCAGAGGCCCUGUGCCCGCCGAGCUCUAUCACCGCUAUGUCGAAUUCAAACCCUUCGUAGCGGGAAUGUUCACAUCCCACAGUCUUCGUGGACGAAUUCUCAACCGAGCGCUCCACCAUCAACAUGAGCGUAUCUAUAACUUCGACAAGACAACUCUUACCGGUCAAUUCGCGUCGCCAUGUAUUGAACUUACCCAAAAAUUUCUUGAGUUUGUUCAUUACGCACAGGGUGGGAGGAUCUUCACAUAUGUGAUCACACUUGAUGGACAACUUCGCUUUACGGAAACGGGGAAGGAAUUCGGCAUCGAUCUCUUAAGCAAGCACACCAUGCAUAGCAAUGUAUCGAUUUAUAUCGCGUAUUCUGGGGAGUUCUUUCUUCGCCGACGAAAGCAUCGCCAUCACCGACAAUCCGAUACCCCACAUCCUUCAGAGACGUGCAAUUAUUCCGCGGAUGAGCCACAAAACGACUUGGAGGUUUCUACCGAUCCAGCCGAUUACGAGCUCUUCAUUGAUAAUGAUAGCGGAACAUAUCGUCCAAAUGGAGAUUAUCUUCCUCUCCUCAAACAGUUCAUUUCAUCCAACCUAAUUGGCCUUCAUGUAACUACGCUUGACUGCAAAGAGGACGCCGGCCGAAUGGAAACAUUGAAAAAUGAGCAGCGCGAAUUUAAAAAGCAUGAAGGAAAUCAGAUGAUUUUCCUUCAGCGGAGCCAUAGCUCAUCCCUCUCUUCUCUCUCCAGUUCUGACGAAGAGGACCUGGAUGAACGCAGCGACGCGCCGCGCAAAGCGAGGGGAGACCUGGCUCAGAAGGUACACGAAAUGCGCGACGUCAAAGGCCACUUAAUCAAUUGGGUCCAAGGAGAUGAAUAUGCCGGUUCCAGGUGCAAGGCUGGGGACUCCUCAAAGGAGCAUACAGUUUCACCUGCCGACUAUCCAGGCCCACCUCAGUCCGUUGGGGGGGGGGUUGUCAAUUCAUAG